CAUGCACUGCGUGCAGUAUGGGUCCGAGGGGCCCUUGACAUUGUAGCGUGGAAAGUAGAUGUCAUCUCUGUUGCCUCUCCUUUGCCUGGUGCCAGCCAGGCUCCGCUGCUGAGCCUCGUCAUGCUGCUCUCCUUACCAGUCUUCCCCAGCCACCCACCUCACACUUGGCUGGCUGGAUCCACGGGUGUGUGUUUUAUUAUAUGUUAGGACUAAUGCUGCAGAAUGUAAUGCAAUUUUUCUGUGGUGAAUUGUUGUAUUGGUAAUAGCGCGCAUAAAAUGCAUAUAAUGUAAAGAUUAUUACAUAUGACAGAUGUUUACGUUGAUUGUGGAACUACGGAACCUUCCAUACAAGUAUCACACAGAUGUUCUAAAUGUAUUAUGUGCUUUGGAAUACUGUUUGCAUUUGCUUGCUGUGCCACUCUGUUUGUAGCUAUAUUUAGCCCUUGUUUUUCCCCCGGAAUAUGAUCCCAUUCCCAUGUGGUGUCAGUGAAAGGCUAGUAGAAGUUAUAUAUAUCAUAGUUGUGAUAGACCAAGCCGUGAAGGUGGAAGAGGGUGGGCGCAGAGACAUGGCGUCUAGAAACCCGCAGGUUAAAAGCGAAUGUCCAGGUCCUGGGACAGAGACAGGUUUAUUCGGGAAAGGUCACACCACUGAGGAAGAUAUCCGUGAGGAGCGCCACAAGGAUGGUAAUGAUCUAGUGCCAGAUACCGUGCUCCAGGUAGAGUCCGAAUCCUUUUUCGUCAACCGUGAGAACCUGGCCCAGCUGAGCCCCUACUUCCAAGCCCUGUUCUUUGGUGGAGGUCGAGAGAGCAACAGGAGGCAUAUUGAAAUCAAAGGUGUAGAUUUGGAAAACUUCCGCAGCCUCAUGGAAUAUGCUCAGAGCUUCAGAUUACAACUCGACAGGAAGAAUGUGUUGGGAGUCCUAGAGACAUCGAACUACCUGCAGUUGGAGAAGGCCAGGCUACUUUGCUGCAAGUUCCUGGAGAGAGAGCUGCACCUGAGCAACUGUUUAGGCAUGAUGGCCUAUGCAUGGCAGCUGGGAUGUCUUGAGCUAUACACUGCUGCACGCGAAGUGGUCCUCACCCACUUGCCAGCUUUAGCCUCUGAGGAGGACUUCCUGUAUCUCUCCAAAGAGACUAUCGCUGACCUUCUUGCUAGUGAUAAACUUUUUGUUCCACGGGAGGACUUGGCCUUUGAGGUUAUGUUGCGAUGGGCAACCUUUGACCCUAACCGUGAAGACGACUUCCUGGAGUUGGCUGGGCUAGUUAGACCGGAGAGUUUGAGUCUGCCCUACAUCACAGACCUCCUGACAAAGAUGAAAAGUUCAGACCCUCGUGCCAAACUCAUCUGCAAACUGAAUGACCACCUGCCCAGCAGUUGGACUAUGGGCAGAUCUGUCCCCAGAACAUGCUCAAGAGAGAUGCUGUUUUUGCUUGGUGGACCACAUGAGCAGGACCACCAGUCUCUUUAUCAGUUCAACCCACGCAGUGGAAGGUGGCAGUCCUGCCCGCCCUUAGAGAGAAAGUGCCUGAUACAGUACUCUGUUGCAGUAGUAGGGGACAACGUGCUGGUGACCGGCGGCUAUUUCCGAGAUGUUCUGUGGUACAGUGUUGACUGGGUGCGAAUUUACCAAUGUAGCAGCGAGCGGUGGGUAGACGGUCCAGCACUGCAAAAGUCCAGGCACAGCCACUGCUCGGUCGGACUGACUCUCCAGGUCUUUGUGAUGGGAGGCAGCAUGGAUGAGGGGCCCGUGGCCACCGUGGAAAGACUGGUGCUGGGAACGGAUGGCUGGGACAGUGUUAGCCCCAUGAUGCAGGCUGUGGAAAGGGCAGCAGUGGUUGCCAUGGGCUCCUGCAUCUAUGUGGCUUGUGGUCUGGAUGAGAACGGGGAAGUGUACAGGGGCAUUCAGAGGUACAAACCAGAAGCUGACCAAUGGGAUGUGGUGUCUUAUUCACCCUUUCCACGUUAUGAUCUUCUUGCCACUGAGCUCAACGGCGCCCUCUAUCUGCUGGGAGGUAAGGCUCUUCGUCUGGACAUUGACACUGAUGAGUGGACUCUUCUGGAAGAGGAGUGUCUGGACAGAAAGUUCUUCACAGGCUGUGCUACUGUGAAUGGGCAGAUCUACUUGAUCAGUGAGAGAAAGAUCAACAGAGUUUCCACAAACAUGGUACUCUUAGACCCAUAUACUGACACAUGUUUAGAAAUAGAUAAUGCAAUACCGUGCCCUGUUCCAAUACGGGGUUGCGUCACAGUUCGGAUGACAGGCAGGUGAACCUCGAAGAGCAGUGGGCUGAAGUCUGCUUUGCUUCUCUAGAUCAUUAUUAUAAAUAACAGCAACACUGCACUAUGCAUCAUUUUGUUAUUUCCUUUACAGUGUUGAUAUGAACGCCUUUAAAAAAUGUUUCUAUGCUAAAAGAUUAUAAAAUAUUAUAUAUAUAAAUAAAACUUUGU